GGUGAGACGGGCAGGCGGUGAUGCGGCUCCGAGGUCCGCCGCGGAGCGAUCUGCCUGACGACAAAGAGCGGAGAUGUUGUUCUGAGGCGGAGGAUCCCAUUACAGAGGACGCAUGUUGUAACAUGGUCGAAACAAAAGAGUGAGAAGAGACAGGCCUGCCUUCAAAAACAAAAACAGCGACACGUUUCCUCGCUUUUAAGACCCAAUCUGGCUAUCCGCGCUAACUUUUAGCGGAUUUAUAGGCGGCGCGAAAUGGAGAAGAAAAGGUGGGAUUGCACUGCUCUCCCCAAGGGCUGGAAAAUGGAAGAAGUGACCAGAAAGUCGGGUUUGUCAGCUGGAAAGAGCGAUGUCUAUUAUUUUAGCAGAGGAGAAGAGCAAGAUGAGGAACAGAGGCAAGAGAGGGGGGAGGCGGGUCGGUUGUAUAGUUUGUGUCCAUCUGGGAAGAAGUUUCGGAGCAAGCCUCAGCUGGCCCGUUACCUUGGAAACCAGAUGGACCUCAGCUCCUUUGAUUUCCGCACGGGGAAGAUGCUGAUGAGCAAGCUGAACAAGAACCGUCAGCGGCUGCGAUAUGAUAACAACAACCAGAACAAGGGUAAACCUGACUUGAACACGUCGCUCCCAGUCAGACAGACGGCCUCCAUCUUUAAGCAGCCUGUUACUAAGGUUACCAACCAUCCCAACAACAAAGUGAAGACAGAUCCUCAGAAAGCCGUCGACCAGCCUAGACAGCUAUUUUGGGAGAAGAAACUCAGUGGUCUAAAUGCUUAUGACAUUGCAGAGGAGCUUGUGAAAACAAUGGAACUGCCUAAAGGCCUGCAAGGUGUUGGUCCAGGCUGCACAGAUAAAACUCUCCUGUCGGCCAUCGCCAGCGCUCUGCACACCAGCGCUGCUCCGAUCACCGGCCAGCUGUCUGCUGCUGUGGAGAAAAACCCGGGAGUUUGGCUCAACACUGCACAGCCGCUGUGCAAAGCCUUCAUAGUCACUGAUGAAGACAUCAGGAAACAGGAGGAGCUGGUGUACAGUGUGAGGAAAAGGCUGGAGGAGGCGCUCAUGGCUGAUAUGUUGGCCCAUGUCGAGGAGGCUGCCAAUGAAGGAGAGGCUCUGAAGGAGGAGGGCAACGGCAGUGAAGACAUGGAGAGCGUAUAGCACAGGUUUCUGCAAAGGCCAAAUGGGUUGUUCAUCGCCUGCACACACGACCUUGAACAGUAGGAACCCUAUUCCAGUCCAGCCCUGAAGAACUGUCCCCCAGUAUCGACUUCCAACCUUAACCUAAACCCGACAAGCCUCCAGUCCAACGUAAAGAGCCGUUUUCCCUCCCCAAAAACCCCCACCUGAAGUCUCAAACACCUCCAUUCAUCUUUAACUCCGCUGAAUGGGACUCCUUGGCCGAAUUUCUGAGCCCAGAUGAUUUUUGAUGAUGAAAACAAAAAUUUACAAAACAACAAAUGAACUCUCAAAUAUUCAAAAUAACUUAUGUACAAUGUGUCAAUUUCAGUGUUCAGUGUUAACUGUAUUUUUUACUAAAAAAAGUCCUUGAAUGGGUUUGUAUUUUUUGCGACAAUCAUGUGAAAUUCAAAAGUUUUACGUUCGCAAAAAGUCAAUUUUUUUUGUUUUGGGGCAGAUUGGGAUGAAUGUUUUAUAUUUUUGGCAUCUUUCUUGACUUUUUACGAUGCACUCCACUAGUAGUCUGUCACAGCACACGCACAUCUGCUUUUCUAGUGGGAACGGUACACAAAGAGUAGAGCUAAUUUAAACCUGCAGGGGGCUGAUGUUACUAAUGGCAGUAGUUUGAAGCUUGUGUGUCUACUGGAGUGGACGGUUUUUAUUGUUUCAAGGAAAUAUUAUCUUUCAUGUCAGCUGUGUUGUUCUAAGAGUGGCGUUCAGUGUUGACCAAAGAGGAGACGUGUCAUUUCAGAUUGCUUUAAGGUAUUUUAGAGCACAUUGGCCCUGCUGUUAUACAACUAAAUGUAAGAAAACUGAUGCACGAAGGAGCGCAGUGGGAGAGAAAUGACCUGAAACCUCUUUUGGUUGUGCGGUUUUUACGGUUUGUAAUUCUGAUCAUCGUUACAGGUGCUUACUGAUGUUGUGAGACAUUGCUUUUCAAAGCUUUCUUGCAGCUUCAGUCCAUGUUUUUUUUUUUAUUUUUAAACGUGUCAAUGUUACCACAAGCACGCUGCCUCCUCCUAAAUCCAUGCACAAAAUUGGUGACACAGCGAAUUACGGUUAGUUUUAAUGUGUUUUUCAUCGAUUAUCUUCCAAGGAAUAAUGCUGUUUGUAUUUUUUAAUCCCUGUUUAAUGAAUAAUGAAUAAGGCAUCCAGCUGAAAUCAUGAAAAGACCCUCAAUAUCAGCAGGCUGAUUGCUGAAAUAAAUUUGAUUGUAUUAAAAUGUGUCAGUAGAUCACUAAA